AUGUUUUCUGAUAAUUAAAUCAGUCUCUUUAAAAGAAACUCUAAAUUUCAACCGCAAUUGGCUUCAGUCGAGAACACUAAACCAAUAAUAGAUACAACCAAACUAAUUAAAUACUCUGAUCCUGUUCACAAAACACUUUUUGAAUAUCAACAAUAUAAAAAGAAUUAUAAUUAAAUGAAACAAUCAAAAAUGAAAAAAAUACUAUCCAAAUCAGUUGAUAAGACAACCAGACAAAUUAUUAAUAGCAAUAGUUAGAUGUCAUCAUCCGUUGAUUACAAAAUGAAAUCUAGUGGACACAACUUAAAGUACAAUUAAAGCACUCAGAGUGUCAUUUCUGAAAGCAGCAUUACUAAAAAAGGAGUUGUCUAUGAUGGAAACAAUACUCAAGUCUAUAGAAUUUUGAUUGAAGGUCAUUUCAAUUAUUAUGCCCUUAAAAUAAGCAAAGUCAACAUGAACAAAUGUACCAAGGAAAUCUAUUAUCUUAAAUAAUUAAGACACCCGAACAUCAUUGAACUGAAACAUAACUAUGUAGUUUAUGACAAGUCAAAUGAUAAUAGACCUAUGUUGUAUGAGAUUAUGCCUUUAAUGAGUUGCAAUUUAAGAUCCUUUCUAUAGCAAUUCUACAAACAUUCGAAUGUUUAAGAGAAUACUAAAAUUACAGAUCCUAAAUUAAUCAAUUUAGCUAAAUAGGAAAAGAAGGCAAAGCAAAUCUUAUUUAAAUUAUUUAUCUAUUAGAUUGUAAGGGCGAUAUCGUAUUUACAUCACAAGAACAUUACUCAUAGAGAUCUCAACCCCAGAAAUGUAUUGAUUGACGUUGAUACACUCAGUGUGUAACUCUGUGAUUUUAACAGUGCAAAAUCAUUGUUCUCCUAGAUUCCCUCUCCAAAUUAUGUUGGUGAGCGCAAUUACAGAGCACCAGAAUUAUUAUUAGGCUCUAAACUCUACAAUUAGUAAGUUGAUAUUUGGAGUUUGGGUUGUAUAAUUGCAGAAUGUUUUUUGGGCAAAUAACUAUUUAAUGGAACCAAUACUGUUGAAACUAUGGCUGAUAUUAUAAGAUUACUUGGAACACCUACACUCUAAGAAAUGAAAAAUCUAAAAUCUUAAAUAUUAGAUCUCAAAAUGCCUGAAAUUCCUAAGUUUCCUAUGAGUAAACGAUUCUAAGAAAUAGAGAAUGAAUAAUUGGUUGAUUUGUUAGAAAAAAUCUUUGUUUACGAUCCUAAUUAAAGAAUAUCUGCCUUUGAGAUUUUAUUGCACCCUUUCUUUUAGGAAUUGAAAUAACCAAACAUCAAAAUCAAUUCAAAAUCUCUACCCAAUUUAUUUAAUUUCACAAAAGAAUUAUAGUUAAACGAAUAUGAAAUGAAUAAAAAUAGGUUAAUACCUAAUUGGUUCACAGAAAAACAAAAGAGAUUUGAAUAUCUGACAACUAGUAUGGAUGAUGCUAAGUUAUUAUUAAAUAAAUGA